UAUGAUGUGAAGCAGGUUACUUUACUUGGAGGCGAUAUGACAUUUGUUAGUGCAGAGCUGACAUUUGAUGAACCUUUAUAUUGGUUGGACAGUUAUAGUUGUCCGAAUUAUUCAAGUGCUGGUGUGCCGCCAGCAUGUCCACCAUGUGAUUAUACCAAUAAUAAUGCAUUGGGUUGUGGCAAUAGUGCCUGCAAUCCAUUAUGUAACAAGACACAGGAUUAUAAUAUGGCUUGUGGUGACGAUGCACCUGACGACUUGACGACCAUCACACUGGGCCAGCCGGUACGCGGAACGACGCCGUCCCAGCUCGGCAUGACAACAUUCAGCUAUUACAACUACUAUGCUUACACGACCAAUCCAUCGGGCUACAGGCUAUCGAUGAAGGUCUAUCAGGGCGAAGGAAGGUUGUACCAGACCUUCCAUCCAAUCGAUCCCCAGAACGACCGAUACAACCGAGCGAUACUAAGUACACGUGAAGUGGCCACCAUGUCCAUCUGUCCAGACAACAAGGCCAACUCAUUCCCCUUUGGUACCAUAUACUUUUACAUCGAGAACCAAGGUCUAUUCGAUCUUGUCUAUGAUAUCAUUCUCGAAUCUAUUGCAUCAAGUAGGAUUGUUGUACAAUUGUGUCCAGAGUCUGGAAAGACUACAAAGACAUUGUAUAUAGCAUUGGUGAUCAAUAAUGAUAAUAUGAAUGGAGUUGUGUCUGACUUUUAUGUGACGACAAGUGGAAAGUACAAGUUGGUAGCACUGCAAGACAACUCUGUGAUAUCAGGUACAUGGGCAUUGGCUGGAACAUCAAUGAUCACAUUACCAACUACCAAGAACAAAUAUAGAUGUGAUGACUAUCAUACUGGAUGUACCAUAUUCUAUCCACUUUUCCCGCGAGCUCACAACACGCCCCUAUACCCAGUACCAAGUACAUUCCUCGACUAUGGCUUGGCCAAUCCACUCUUUGAUGACAUAAGCAUCAAUGAAACAGAUAACCCUGCAGUGGCUAAUGUGUAUCAAUUUGGAUUGACGAUGGAGACAUCGUAUUCUGAUAUUACUGUACCAUUCUUAAAGCAAGACGACAUGAAGGGUGGAGUACAAUUGACAUUCUUGGAUAAGGUCGUUUAUGGCGAUGGCACAACUGUCAAGGGAUCAUUCACAUUGACCGCGAGGAACUUGACCAAUUGCAGUUACACAGAGUUCAUGACUGUCUACAACAUGCAAGAUCCAAUGUUGAAUCAAAUGCAGAACAACACCAAGCUGAUGCUUGUUCAAGCACUGCGAUACCAGUUCGAUAUGAUGGUGGCACGCGAUGAAUACUACAGCUGCUAUGAGUUGGCUUCACAAAUGGCCAACAUCACCGAGACCUAUGUGAUGGUCAACACCACGCACUGUCCAGUCUACUCGUCCAACAUGGACGACUACCUCUACGACCCAUGCUGUGGCAUAUACUCACAGUUUGGGGACGUGUGCACGCCUCGUCUGCAGAGAGUGCACAGUCUGGUUGUUGGCGAGAUGGACACAAAGAGGAUCGAGGACCAGUGCUCGCUGCCCGAGUGCACAGAGUCAGUUUUGAAUAACUUUGUCUCGUCCGUGUAUUGGAACUCCAUACACCCGUGCGAGGACCAGACCAACGCAUACCUAGGCCCACUCAAGCAGUUGUUUACAUUGCUACGCGGAUGCCACAAGGCAGUCGUGCAGCCACCACCAUGCAUCAAUGAUGCCCAAUGCGCUGCAUAUGCCAACAAGACCGCUCGAUGCAAUAUGCGCACAGGCGAAUGCGUGGCGCCCCGCACAGAGGUCGAGUCGGCCUUCUCAAGAUGCGUCCUCAACUUCAUCCCCCAGCAGCUCAAGUACGACUUUGCCGCCGCCCACGGCUUUUCCCUCAACAACACACAUCUCGACGAGAUUGUCCAGCAGCUGUUCUACACCACUGAUUGCACGACGAGCACCAACGUCGUGCCAUACCUGCGCCAGCAACAGGUCUACACGUCAUUCGAUCCCAACUACAAGAUACAUUGUUACCCGCCCGUCACUGGCCUGGACCUGUCCGCGCCCAUGACUAUCUACGACACGUGCAUGCAGUUUGACUCGGACAGGUACUCAUGGACACCGACUCACGUCGAUGCCAACAAAUGCAGUGGCAACGUGAGGUGCAAUUGGAAGGGAGAGAAUGGUACACUCGAUAGCUACGACCCAGUCGCACUCAGUACCGAAUGUGCCAAGAACACAACAUCGUUCUUUUGUGGUGACUGCAGUGACCCGCUGCUCAACUGCUACGUCGACCCGACAAUCACGACCAAAGAUCAAUGCGAGAACACAUUUGUUUGUUACAGACCCAACUCAAAGGCAUCGUCGACCACCAAGCGAGGAGCAUUCUCCGUGCCCAACAAAUACUACACGACAAGUAACGCGGCGCAGUGUACUGAUGGCUCGUGCUCAGUAUCCUGUCCAACAUGCAGCGCAGGAGUAUCAUGUAACAUUCAAUACUCGACACUUACGACAUGUCCAAUCAUUGGUGGUACAUUCCCAGCAGCUUUCUCGAUCAAUAUAUCUGGAAUCACACACUGCCAGUACAACAACGCCACACUGACAUCAGGUCAAUGCGUAGACCCACUGGCCAAGAAGGCCACAUUCACCAACUGUGCAUCAUUGUCCAAUGAACAAUGUACAACAUGUGGCGCAUUGGAACCAUUCUGCGCCUGCUCACUAGUCGACGCACCUUGCAACCAGGCACAAUGCCAGCAGCCAGCCAAGCGUGGCACGUGCUCCGACGAGUUCUACUUCAAUUUCAAGCUCGGCAACUAUCCCACGAAUGCACCCAAGUGUUUGUUCCCAUGGUCGAUGCCAGAGAACCCACAGAACUCCUAUCCCCAGUGCGUCUAUGGCAUGGAGCAGGACUCGCCCAUGGGCUGCUUCUCCCUCAACAUCUCACACAUUGAUCCUGCCGUUUGUUUGAAUGAUGGAGGAGUCGUUUGGAAUCAGUCGCUGACAAAGGGACAAUGUGAGGGCUACGCCAACCGAUGCAUGGGCAACGAUCAGUCUGACACAUCCGUACUGCCUUUCACCAAGCGAUUCAACAACAAGACGCAGUCAUCAUGUCAAGCUGCUGGCGAGAUGUGGAUCAGCCCAUUCCAAUGGAAGCCAGCCCAAUGGAUUGACUCUGCGCCUGUCAAGCUCCAAUGGAUGCCCGUCGACACCAAGGUUCAAGCGCUGACAAUCUGGAACAAGACCAUCGACUACUCACGUGUCUUCUCCUCCUUCUCUGCGUUCGCCUACCUGGACAUGACUCAAAAGUUCAGAUCGGAGCUCAUGUGUAGCGUGGCCAACAUCAAGUCCCCACUCAGCAUGUUUGCCUGCUCCUGUGGAACUGAGCGCGGAGAGGACUGUUUCUCCAGUCGCCUCGACGCACCCUUGGCCACUGUGAUCAGGAUUUGCGCCAAACAGAACAGCACCACAACAAUCAAUGGAGGCACGAUCACAUUCACCGAGUCAUCAGUGGUCAACAACACAUGCAGCAACAUUGGUGUGAGCAUGAUCUUUGCUCAGACCUACCUGGGCAAGCAGGUGCAGACACUCUCGUCGGACUUUAUCGCGGUGAUCCACCCCGGCGACUACGCCAUCUUCAACGAGCAGCAGGGCACCAUUGGACAGGUGCUUGCCAAUGGCGCGUCACUACACUCCAACGAUCGAAACACACUCAGUCUGCUACUAUGUCUCAAUCAAACCAUUGAGUCUAGGUAUCCAAUCAUUGACUUUGCCGCCGUCUAUGGCAAUGAUUCCAAUGGCGCCGUGACCCCACUCGAGUGCACAGUGUCAGUGAUCAACGGAUCAUAUUGUUGUGAGAUCAAUCCAUUCCCCUCGGACCCCAAUGUCAGAACACCAAGUGGCUACCUACUCAUCUCACGUAUUGCACAAUGGCGCAAAGAGAAGUUCCGUCUACUCACCGACUCUGGAAAAGUGUUAGUCUACAUCCUAGCCGCCAUAUUCCUCCUUCUCGCACUCAUCUGUCUCGUCCAACUUGCCUUCUUUGUAUUCCUACGUAUACUCAAGUCCGAACCAUUCCGCAUUGUCCAUGUCCUUUUCCUAUUCCUAUUCCUCUUCACUGUUUCACGUGGAAUAUACUUCUCUCAACUUCCAACAAGUGGAGAAGGAGAGGAUGAUAUUAACACGGUUGGACAGUAUAUUCUGGUCGUGUUGCCAACAUUCUUGUACUUUACAGCCUUUACAAUUGUGUUGGUCAUUUGGUAUAUCUUGGCAAACAUCAACAUGCGUGUGAUGACCAAUCUCCAGAAAUUGAUCAAUCGUCUGGUGAUCUCGGUCAAUGCCGUGCUCUACAUCCUAUUCAUCGUGAUCGUGUUGGUGUUCAACUACACCGGACCUGAAGACCCACAGACAUGUGGCGGCAGGAUCAUUGGCAGGACGACCAACAGUCGUGCACAGUCUGCCGUCUCGAUACUUUAUGCCGUGGUGCAAUGUGUUCUCUCUGUGGUCAUUGGCUUUGGAUUCAUUUACUAUGGCAGCAAGGUCUAUCGCAAGUUGUCACAGCUGGACUCCAAGACGACAAACACGCGACAUCUCAAGCACAAGACCAUGGCAAUGGCACUGAUCUUUGCCAUCAGUUUCUUGUUGCACUGUAUAUUCAUCAUUAUCUUGGUGGCGGCACGUCCUUCCAACAUCCUAUUCAGUUUCAUUCUCUUAGUAUUGACAGAGAUACUGCCAGCCACAACACUUAUCUUCUCCUAUCAUCAGUUACCAUUCACUGCAGCUGGUGGCAACACAUCUAUCCAACUCAAGAAGUCCAGCAGUACAUCAUCGUCACCAUCAGCCAGUGUACAACCAUCAAGUGGUAGCAGUACAUCAUCGACAGGAGCCACUCAACCAACAUCAUCAUCGAACAACAACAACAACAACAACAACAACAACAACAACAACAAUAAUAAUAAUGUCGAUAUCAACAAU